GACUGUAAACAAAAUACCGUAAGGGGAAUAAUUCAAGCGAAUCAAAAUAAAAAUCAAAUGACCCAAUUACCAAAAAACCGGCUGCCACCAUACUCAACGCAAUAAAUCGCAUCUCCACUCGAUAUUUGUUUGUUCAAAACAUUAAGAAGCUGAAACUUCUAGGAAGCUGACGAGCGAACGCACACCACAAACACGACAGACGCGCAUUCAAAUUUCACCCAAGCGAACUGCGGCGGCUUACACACACGCAACGAGAAAGCGGAGAAACAAACAGUAGCAGCCGCAACCACAGCUGGAACUGUGCGGUAAGCACACCGACGAGUGAUACCGAAGAUACCAGAAAACAAAAACACCAAACCAGUCAAGAAGAAGACACUAAAAGAAUUCCCAGUUAAACACCUUUUUUUAUUUUGUAUUUCACCUCGCUCUUACAAGUUCACGUAUCUUUAAGUUACUUAAGCAGCCCGCGGCUUGCUAGCAAGCGCAGUUGUAUAGCGCCUGUGUUUACGUAAAGUUAGCUGUUACACGAGUGCUUUCCUACACGCCAGACACUCGCAUCACUCAUUCGAAAUCGCGUACCAAGGCAAAAAUAUGCAGUUUUACAAAUUCACUUUUAUUUCGGUGCUCAUUGUCUUGCUCGCCAUCACCAGCGGAGAGGCCAAAAAACACAAAAAACGCAGAUCCUCGUACAGUGGCGCACCUUCAAGUAACACCAAAACCAAAACCAAAUGGUCCACCUCCACCGACUUGGGACACAAUAGCGCACAGCUUGCCACCGAGGAACACGGCUACUAUGUGAAACGUACCUUCCUACCAAUGAACGCUACGGCAGCACUACGAAGUCCACCCUACCUGGGCAUACCGAUUGCUUGGUUUGCCUGUGAAGGUGCCUCUUGCACCAAAGCCAAUACGGCGGCCAUAAGUGGUAGCGCUGCGGUGUUGCAAGAGGGCUUUCUCUGCGACGAUGAUUGUGUAGAGCCGUACGAACCGAUCUGCGGUAAAACGCCUAGUGAACUGGCUGUGUUCUACAAUAAAUGCAAGUUAAAUGUGGCCAAGUGUCGUACGCAUGGAUUGUGGUUGGAAGUCGGCUAUGAGGAGUGCCAAAAGACGCAUCCCAAAGAGGUGGCAUAUGCUGAACGCAAAUUCAAAACAUCACCAUUUUUCAAAGACACCAAAACCAUCACAGUACAGAAGAAAAAAGAAGAAGAUAACUCAUCUUCUGAGGAGGACGAUGCUGUAUUAGACGUAGCAUUGCAGACAUUGGACAAAAUAGGUCAUCAAAUUGCAGCCGCCGAGGCGGAAGCUUUGGACGAGGCCGCCACCAUCAGUACGAUAGUGAAAAGUGACGUGCAAGCGCCCAACGCGAAACCAGUUCAGGCAAAUCGUAUGCAGGAAAACACCGCGAUCAUUAAACCCGUGAAGGAAAUCAGCACAACAGCAAAACCUAUUAAAACGAGCGUUGCACAAGCAGUAGUGGAGAAUAAUGUAAACAAACCUGUUGAGAGCGCUCACUUGAAGCCAACAGUUGGUGUUGCUGUACCCGUGGCUGGCAGUAACGCUGCCACGGUAAUUGUUAAGAAAUAAUUAUGCGCAGGCAUAAUUAUGUGAUAUUCCUUUUUUGAUAUUUUUAGAACAUUAUAUUAUACACUACAAAUGUACUUAUGCCUACAUAUAUUAGCGAAUAAAUAUUUAUUACUUUGAAGUUGAGAAAGCCACAA